AAUAUUUUUUCUCGUCGUUUUGUUCCUCUCCCAGGCAACCAUCACCACACCAUCAAAUUUCCGAAUAUAGUUUUUUUUCUAAUUUUAUUUCUUCCCCCGCCCAUUUUUCUAGUGAGAUUUAAUAUAUGCCUAUUUUAAAAAUUGUAUUUUUAUUCGCGUAAUUUACACAAUCUAUUUUAUAUUAUAUUUAUUUUAUAAAUAGGUUUCCGUUCUCGUUUCAUUUUCUUUCUUUUUUUUUCUGUCCAACUCAAAAUUUUUUUUAUCAAUUUAUUUGGCUAGAAAAGAUAAGAGAACAAGCCAACGGGCCACCAUUUUUUUACGGCCCACCCAAGGACCGAUGCACCAAAAUAUCGAUUUCCAAGGACCACCAAUCCAUCAGGGAUUGUUCGGGUUUAGAUUAUCCGAAGAUUUCCCAGGAACCGGCAACCCUAUUUACCAGGAACCCGAACCUUUUUUCAACUCGAACCCCGAUUCUAAGAAAAUUUUGAAAACUAGAGACCCGAUCCGGCAUUUUUCUCAAUCCCUGACACUUAAGCAGUCCAAAGGUACUUGGCUUGUAAAAAAUUUUUUGGCUUGCUUCAAUCGGAUCAAAUUGAAAAAAAUUUUUCCUUCUCCCCUUUUUCUUCAUCAAUCACCAACACAAAUUCCUCCCAUUUUAUCAAAGGGCGUGAUUCAUAUUUUUUUAAAUGUGUGUAUGUUUCACGCUCCUUUUUAUUUUAAAUUUUUUUUCUAA